AUGUCACAAAAAGCUCCUCUUAUUAAACUUCUUUCAGGUAAAUCUAUCCCCGCAGUAGCACUGGGAGUUUACGAAACUCCAUCCGGAGAAGCCGCCAAGGUGGUCGAGUACGCCUUGUCACAGGGCUAUCGCCAUAUCGAUUCAGCCGCCGCCUACCAUAAUGAACAACAGGUCGGGCAGGGUAUUCUCAACUUUCUUGAAAAAACCCCCAAUGUCAAAAGAGAAGACAUCUUUUACACAACCAAAAUCAAAGAACGUGACCAGGGCUACGAAAAUGCUACCCGUGCAAUCAAACACUCUUUAGAACUCGUUAAAGGUCUUGAAUACAUUGACCUCGUUCUUGUUCACUCACCUCUAAGUAGCCGUGAAAAACGCUUGGGCACAUGGAAAGCUCUCCAAGAAGCUGUCGAUGCUGGGCUCAUCAAGGGUUCCAUUGGUGUAUCCAACUUUGGUAUCCACCAUCUUAAAGAGUUGCUCAGCUGGGAUGGUUUAAAAUACAAACCUUCCAUUAACCAAAUUGAACUUAGUCCUUGGCUCCAACGUACAGAACUGGUCCAGUUUUGUAAAGACAAUGGAAUUGCCGUCGAAGCAUACUCUCCCCUUACUCGUGGAGAAAAGCUUGAUGAUCCAAAGCUUAUCAGUCUUGCAAAAAAAUACAACAAGUCUCCUGCCCAGAUUCUCAUUAAAUGGUCUCUACAAAAGGGGUUUAUUCCUCUUCCAAAGUCAGUUCAUAAAGACAGAAUUAAAAGCAAUAUUGACGUGUUUGACUUUGAACUUACCCCAGAAGAAAUCGACACGCUUGGGGAUAAAAAUGAGUACUUUUGGACUGAAUGGGACCCUACUACAGCUCCUCUUUAA